AUGACCUCUGCAAGUGGAUUACAACUUAAUCUAGAUGCCUCCUCGUUGGAGGUGAGUGGAGCAGGAGCAGUAGUUAGUAAUCAAGAACAAAAGCCUAGAAUGGAUAAUAAAGUCAAUGAAAGUAAUGUACAAGUUGGAAAUGCAUCGACAACUGCAACAAGCAAUCAAGGAGGAAAUGACGAUGAACGAAGUAAUAGUAAUGUAGCGAUGGCGAAUGAUGGUAGUAACAAUGGCAGUGCAUCGACUGGCCAAGUCCAAUAUGGUGAGCAUAGCAUCCAAUAUUCUACGAUGCAUUUUCCUAGUCAACAUCCUACAGCAGGCAAUGCAAGUGGACAAGUUCAAGGCAAUCCGUUAUUUAAUGGUGGCCAUCAACAUGCUCGAGUGUUAACGACAGCUGAACAAGACGGCAAUGCCAACGCAGCUCCUGUGGUCUACGCUGCACAACAUCAACCUGGGCAAAAUAUCACCGCUCAGACAGUCAUUCAAAGCCAAUUUUCUUCCACACCUCCUGCAUCAUCAUUAGCUGAAAGUAAUGAAGCAAGAUAUAGCUAUUUCGCUCCACAAACCGACCGAGUUUCACCCAAUGCUGCUGCGGCGGCUGCUGCUGCUGCUGCUGGUUAUUUUGAUGGCGUUAGAACUGGAUCACAAGGUCAGUGGUGUAAUUUUCCGUUACAUGUAAGCAUAGAUUACUACAAGUCAUACCCUCGACAGGGUUUCCCAUUGCCACUGGAAUAG